AUGAAGGUGCUGUUGGUCGACAAGGAGCACCAGAGGCGGGACUUGUGCCGCGCUCAGCUUGAGAAGUUCCACUACGAAGUCACAGUGAUGAGCGACUUCAACGCAGCGUGGGCCGCUGUCGGCGCGACAGGGAGCGACUUUGACCUGGUCCUUCUCGACUGGGCCCUCGCCGCUCCCGAGGGCGAGACCAACCACGCCGCGUGCAUCCAGAACAUCGCCUGGGGCGCUCCCGUCAUCCUGCUCACGGACCAGGAAGUCUCCCCCGCUAUGCUUCACCAAGCCAUCGCCAUGGGCGCCGUCGCGCCGCUGCAGCGCCCGCUCGACGACCAGACGGCGCGCAACAUCUGGCAGCACGUCGUGCGCAAGGCCUGCUCGGUCGACCCCACGGACCCCCUCUCGGCGAUCCCGCCCGCCGUCUCCAGCCCCAACGCUCCCGGCACCCCCGACCGCCGGCACCCGCCCCUGCGCGGAGUCGAGCACGGCCCCGCCCUCAGCCUCUCCUCCGAGGACUCCUUCAAGGCCCGCACGAACGACGACGCUUCGCAGCAGCAAGCGCGCCCGAUCCUCCGCGCCGUCCGGAAGUCCGCGCGGCAGCGCAAGCAGCAGACCCUCCGCGCAGCGCAGCAGCAGCAGGCCGCGUCGUUCCAGCCUGCCGCCUCCGCGGGCCCGCAGACGGGGAUCCCUGGCUUCGCGCCGCCGCUGCCGGCGCCGGCGCUCCUGCCCGCGGCCGUGCCGCACCCCCCCCUGCACCCGGCGCUGUCGCUUCCGCAGCUGGGCGCGCAGCAGCCGUUCGCCGCGCCGCACCACGCGGCUGGCUGCGGGAUGUUCCCCGUCCUCGACAGCCCCACGCGCGCGGCGCAGAGCCUCGGCAGGUGCCCGACACCAGGGCUCACGUCGUCGUCGCACUCCGCCGGGCUGCGCAGCCUCCCGCAGGCCGCGCCGCCGCACGUGCCCAGCGCCCUGGUGGACCUCUCCGACGUGUCGGCGGACAGCACGCCGCCGAUGGGUCUGACCCUGCGGAAGUCCCCCUCCCUGACAGACCUCCUGUCGAAAUGCCUGGCGACGGUGCGCGCCUGA